CCUCCCUUCCUGGAGCCUGUCACAGCCCAGGGCGGCCCAACAUGGUUGCCACUGGGGGCUUGAGGUUGCAGUGUGAUCCUGGGAUCUGCAGCAGGGUGUAUGCCAACCCCUGCUCCUCCUAGGAUGCUGGGGGGAAAGAGGCAAGUCAGACAGGAAGGCCUGGGGGCUGAUAGCACCGCGGGAAGGAAUGCCACAACACCCGGAUGAGCCAGUGAGGCCCAGGGGCAACGUCAUGGUUGCCCCGCCCUCGGCUGUCACGGUGCCAUGGCCUCUCCUUCCCCAGCCGGGCCACAUUCACAAUCAGCACACCGCUCGCCUUGCUGCUCCCAUGAGCCCAGAGACUCCAGGAAAAGUGAUGGAGGCUUCAGGAUCUUCUUCCCAGUCUCAAGACAGCAAUGGAAUCCACAGAGAAACAGAAAACCUAGACUACCAAGAGACAGAGUUCCACAAGCAAGAUGGGAAGCCCCAGGAACGAUAUGAGAGAAAGAAGUCUUCCUCCUCCUCAUCUUCCUCUUCUUCUUCUUCCUCCUCAUCAUCUUCCUCCUCCUCCUCAGACAGCAGCGAUGAGGACCAUCAUUCCAGAGGCCCCAGGGAACACCGAAGGAAGCCACGAAGGGACGGCUCUCCUGGUGCUGACCACGGGGAACUGGAGGUGCUGAAAGACGAUCUUCAGCUCUGUGGAGGUGAUGCUGGGGAAAUGGUGCUUGCUGGGGAGACAGGACUCCGAAGGAGAGGUUCCGGCUCAGCAGGGGGAGAAGUGGAGGCCUCCCAGUUACAAAGGCUGAACAUAAAGAAGGAUGAUGAGUUUUUCCACUUUGUUCUCCUUUGCUUUGCCAUUGGGUCCUUGCUGGUGUGUUAUCACUACUAUGCAGACUGGUUCAUGUCCCUCGGGGUCGGCCUGCUCACCUUCGCCUCCCUAGAGACCAUCGGCAUCUACUUCGGACUGGUGUACCGGAUCCACAGCGUCCUUCAGGGCUUCAUCCCCCUCCUUCAGAAGUUCAGGCUGCCAGGGUUCAGGAGAACCGACUAAGAACGUUGCCUGAGAGCAGAUGAGCCACUCCCCGACGUGACCCCAGUCUCCACUGCCGUACCUGAGCCCAGAAGACAGAACCAACAUGCUGGAAGCCACCGGGAGGCCACGCCUGGGCACUAAAGAGCUCUUUUCUUCCAUGUGGUCUCAGUGUUGGCAGCAGUGGGCGGGUUCUCACGCUGCAGAUUAACACACAGUCUGCAGGGCGGAGAGAGAAGGGAUGGCAUCUAAAUCGGCAAGAAGGACCUAGGACACCAUUGCUCUUAGGGGCAACAUGAGUCCUGGGCCCCACAGGCUGGCAUCUGUGGGCUUGGGUCUCUCUCGUAUCCUCAGGCCAUGCCCAUGAGCUGGGACAUCCUGGGACAGACAGUCUACCUCCCUGAGGCAGGGAGGUACCGGCUGGGUCCCCAGGGGAACCUGUUUCAGGUAAGAUGCCUGGGACUAAAGCUGUGGUCCCAUCACCUAGUGACCACCCUUUUGUCCUUGGAUUCCUUCAAAACUCAAAUAAACAUUCUGUUCUCGAUGCUAAAAA